AUGUCAAGAACUACAAGAAAGAAAUUGAAAGACGAUGAUAUAGAAAAUAUGCUAAUGCGGUUAGAGGCUGGCGAAAUUUCAGAAGACGAUGCCGAAUCAGAUGAGGAUGACUUGGAUUUCUAUCCGUCUCGCAAAGAUCUACAAGCCGUACUCGAAGAUAAAGAAGUAAGUGAUGAAGAGGAAGUGCCUGAAACUGAAGAAUGCCCGGAUCCUCCCCUGGUUCAUGAAGAAAUCUAUCAACAAGCUUCGACUUCUCGGUCUAAUGUAUUUCCGCAAAUAAAUACACGAAAUUUGAUUUGGAAAAAACGCUCUUUGGAGUAUAAAGAGGAAUCAAUUGCUUUCUUGGGUAGUACAGAAUUAGGACCUGAACUAAUGAAACUAGAAACCCCACUGCAGUUCUUUUCACAGUACUUUUCAGAAGACUUGUUGAAAAAAAUUGUUGAAGAAACCAAUAAAUAUUCGACGCAGACCAAUAUUGAUCGCCCCGUUCAAAUAAGCCUUACAGAACUUCGAAAAUAUUUGGGAAUAUUGAUAUUCAUAGGGGGUGACCCGUCAGUAUCUGCUGCAACGUCCGAAGUUGAUAUUCAGUUAGAGGAUGUUUCUCGCACUUUGCCCGAUCAAACGGAUCAAGAUUUUUCACAGUCCGAUUUCACAGUGCAAACUUCACCAUCUUUAUCGAUGUGCGGAGAACAACUUGAAAAAACAAAGCCAGAAUACGAAGGAUCUAAAUUCUAA